AUGUUGCACCAGCUGCACGAGUUGCACGAAUCCCUCUUCUCGCGGCAGGAAGAGGGGCCUCCGCCCAUGCCACCACGGUCGCCAGAGUACAUGGCCGAGAACAUUGCUCCGCAACUGAUGGCUGUUGAAGGGCCGCUGUUCGCGCUGUCCAUGACUGCCGUUUUGAUGCGGUUCUAUGUACGGGGAGUCAUGUUGAAGACGUUCGGGUGGGAUGACGCAAUGAUGGCGAUCGCAGCGUGUAUUAGCAUAACCACCCUGGUACUCUUCCUGAAGAUCAUCGAUAUGGGUGUUGGACGCCACGCCGAAGCCUUUCCAUUGGACAACAUCUUUCCUUUUUUCAAGAUUAUGUAUUUCUACUCCAUCUUGAUUAUCUUCGCCUACAGCUUUAUUAAAUUAUCCAUUGGCUUCUUCUUAUUGCGCUUGGUCGAUCGGACAAGAUGGAGGCCAUUCCUGAUUGGAAUGUUGAUGUUCAUCGCAAUGUUCACCAUCGGUUCGAUAUUCGCCAUCAUCUUCCAAUGCUCACCCGUCGCUGCAGGAUAUGACUACACACUGCGCCCACCCACAGGAACAGCGAAAUGCUACGAUCCAACUAUUUUCAAAAACGUCGGCGUUUUCAAUUCAUCCGUUAACAUCGCAACCGAUCUCAUCUUCGCCCUUAUACCUAUCCCCAUGGUCUGGAAACUACAAGUCACGCUCCGCACUCGAAUCGGCCUUGGAAUUAUCCUGAGCCUGGGUCUCUUCGCAUCCGCAGUCGCAAUCUACAAAACACCCAUGCAAGCCAACUUCUUCAAAGAACCAGACUGGUCAGGCAAUGGAUCAUGGUACUACAUCUGGCAGCAAGUCGAACUCCACAUCGGCAUCCUAGCCGCCUGCCUCCCCACCAUCAAACCCCUCAUCUCCACCUUCUCCUCCACCCUCUCCACCCUCACAAAAGGCGCCCGCUCCAGCGCCUCUCACACCGGUCCCCACCCCACCAGCCUGCCCUUCAAAUCCAGCGGCUAUGUACGACAGCACGAGGAUCCGCGUGCGGAAGCCAGUUUUCCCAUGAAAGAGCUGAGUGUGGGCUCGGCGAGCGAGAGGAGCAGGACGGUGCGGGAUGUGUAUGAUGAGGAUGUUGUGUUGGGGAAGGAGGUUGGGGGGUGUGGGUGGGGGGUUCAGGGGGGAGGAGGGGAGGAUGGUGGGGCAGGGGAUUGUAAGUUGGCGGUUACGUGGCCAGAUAUUACCUGUUGA